UUCUGGGGCUCAGUUGCUGUGAAACCCUCCGGUUUAUAAACUUUACAUUUCUUGCGAAUUUCGCAAAUUUAAUUGAAAAAAUUAGCGUUUUGAGACUUUAAACCGUGUUGUGAAGAGUCACUGAUGGCGCAGGAAAUUCAGAAACUUCAACUCGAAUCCGUUAUUGGAUUCAACGGUCAUGUGAUCUCGGGUCUGCAGGUCCACCCAGAUCAAGAGCACCUGAUCUACCCACUCGGCUGCACGCUCAUCAUCAAGAACCUGCGGGACGGGAAGCAGGGGUUCCUCCAAGGACACACCAACAAUAUCUCCUGCGUGGCCUUGUCCAAGAGUGGGACCUACUUGGCGUCAGGACAGGUCACCUACAUGGGCUUCAAGGCUGAUGUGAUCAUCUGGGAUUUUGCUAAAAGAGACAUUUACGCUCGGUUCGUUCUCCACAAAGCCAAAGUGGAAGCACUUGCGUUCUCUCCGACUGAGAACUACCUGGUGUCUCUGGGAGGACAGGACGAUGGCAGUAUCGUGGUGUGGAGCGUGAAGCAGAAGGAAGCGAUCUGCAGGAGUAUGGCGUCGGCUAACAGCAUGGGUCACUGUCUCACUAUCAACUACUGCAACCUCCGAGACGACGUCUUCAUCUCAGCCGGAGAUGGUUCGCUUCGUGUGUGGAAGCUCAGUCUCUCCAACAAGAAGAUCUGCCCCACCGACUGUCAAAUAGGGAAGUUAAAGAGAGUCAUUAAGUGCCUAGAGGUCACUGAGGAUGACACGUUCCUGUACUGCGGCACCACCACUGGAGACGUCCUCAAGGUGAACGUGGAGAGAUGUCUGCUGAACAGCUGUGGCCCAACCAAGCACAAAUUCAACAAAGGUGUAAAUGUUCUGAAGAUGCUGAAGACAGGAGAUUUGUUGGUGGGAUCAGGAGACGGAACAUUCAGGAUUUGCUCCAAUACAGGCUUCAAAACUAUCAAGAGUGUGACAUUGGAGGGCGGAGUCACAUCCAUGGCUCUGCGUGGUGAAGGUCAGCAGGUGUUUGUGGGCACCGACGCGUCUCAGAUCUACAGAUUUGGCUACACGGACUUCACUCCGGAGCUCAUCGCCACCAGCCACAGCAGUGCGGUUUGGGACGCAGCCUUCGCAAUAGGAUCCUCGGAGCUCUUCGCCACUUGUUCUCAGGAUGAUAUCCGCGUCUGGCACACAUUAUCCAGUAAAGAGCUUUUACGGAUCCGAGUCCCAAACAUGACGUGUAAUGCUGUUGGCAUCAUGCGUGACGGUCGGAGCAUCUACAGUGCAUGGAACGAUGGGAAAAUCCGUCUGUUCGCGCCCCAGAGCGGCCGUCUGAUGAUGAUGAUCCCCAACGCUCACGAUAUGGGCGUGACGGCGCUAACGAGCACCAGCGACGGCACCCGCCUCGUUAGUGGAGGAGGAGAAGGAAGGGUGCGAGUGUGGGAGAUCCUAGAGGACACACACAGACUCAUUGCCAGCAUGAAGGAGCACAGAGCUUCAGUCAACGACGUGAAAAUUAAAAGUAAUGAUAAGGAGUGUGUGACUGCGGGUUCAGACGGAGCCUGCAUCAUAUGGGACCUGGUGCGCUUCGUGAGGAAUCAGAUGGUUUUGGCCAACACACUGUUUAAAACCGUCUGCUAUCAUCCUGAGGAAUAUCAGAUCAUUGCUAGCGGAACAGACCGGAAGAUUGGCUACUGGGAGGUAUAUGAUGGAGCGACCAUUAGAGAGCUGGAGGCCUCGCAGACGGGGUCCAUUAACGGCAUGGACAUCAGCGCUGAUGGAGAAAACUUCAUCACCGGUGGCGACGACAGGCUGGUGAAGGUGUGGCGUUACGUGAAUGGUGAUGUCACACACGUAGGCGUCGGCCACAGCAGCAGCAUCAGCAGCGUUCGUUUGUGUCCCAACAACAGAUUCAUCAUCAGCACCAGCACAGAUGGAGCCGUGCUCAUAUGGAGAUUUCCAAACUGUGCAUAAACCACACCCACACAGACCACACCCACACUGUGCAUAAACCACACCCACACUGUGCACAAACCACACCCACACAGACCACACC